AUGGUUUUUCUUGUUAUUAAUGGUAGAAAAUUGUUGUCUGAUCCUCGGGCAGAGUUCGCCGUACAAAAUGUGAAAUUUGUGAAACGUGUACGCGAGAAGAUCCUGCUAGGAAAGGAUGACAGUGUCAGCCUGAGUGCCUCUGUCGUGCUCUCUAUUCAGUUGGGAACUUUGUCGACUGGAGUUCCGUAUUUUACGUCUGACGGUAGCGAACUGAUCCAACCUGCACCAGCGCUGGACAGUAUCAUGCACGUGUACGGUGUUGACGAUAAGGCCGUGUAUGCGUGGAACGCCGUGGACGUUCUUGUUGACGGACAACUGCAGCAUGGAAGAGUGAUCGAGGUUGCGGAGACGGGACUGCUCAUCGAUUUCGGGUGUGAUUCACAGCGCGCGCAGUUGAUCGACCACGGAGACAUCUUCCACUCCGUCAAACCGGAUUACCAUGUGGAUGCACGUCAGGACCGCCGUGUGGAAGUCCUUCUGCGAGCCACCCCGGACGCCCCGUGGACCUGGUUCGCGGGUACUAUGGACCCCGGGAACCAUAUGAGCUUCUGUGCUGAUUCGUACAUCGUGGACGUGCGGCUGCCGUACGGCACCUUCACGGAGCUGGUGCCUCGCCAACAAGUGCGGCGACCGCCUUCGAACGCCGAACUAGCCAGCCGCCGUGUGGGGGCUAAGGCAUUCGAGAUGCGAGAGUGCUCAUUGCCACCAGAAAACAGCUUGAGACUGCUCCUGCAGCGAAAGCAUCCCGUUUGGUGCGGGACCGUGAACCAAGGCACGCUGCGUCUGCGGUACGUGCAGCGGGCCCGAGAGCGUCCCUUGCAGUCACGUGAUCUGGAAGCCGCCUGCAUGGAGGCAUGGAAGGAACAUCAUAAGGAAAUGCCACGUCUGCUCAUCAGUGCGCUUGCCGAACCACCCGCCAAGAGACAGCGCACGUCUAGCGACAGCUGCGACGCGGAGCUGCAGCUGCCCUGUGAACUGAUGGCGGAGAUCUUCCAGUCUCUUGACUCCAUCCAUCGCUUCCGUUGUCGCCGCGUCUCCGCCUUGUGGAACGUUCUCCUCACCACGGAAACCUACUUCCACGAUGUGCACGUCUCCGGCCGGCCGGAGGACUACCCGGCCUCCUGGGCCACGCCCGGCUUUUGGGUGCUGAACACCAUGUUGCGCUGCGUCGACCGUCGCACGGAGACGCUCAUCCUCACGCACAUGAACGUCAGGCAGUGUGACUGCGCGACCGCGAUGAUCCGUAACCAAAUGGAUGGCCUCAGGACGCUGGUGUUCAAUCGGUGUGUCUGGUUGUAUCCGAGCUUCGCGGUGGGCCUGAUCCUGCGGCGUCGCGGCACGGUUAGGCGCGUGUGCGGCACGGCGGAGCGCGUGGUGUGGUCGCACUGUCGCAUUGAGGAGCCGCGACUGACUGCCGUUAUUCCGCGGUAUUCACACACUUGCCAGCCGAAGCAGCUGAAAAUGGCACUGUGGGAUCUCUUUGAGAAGCAUCUCGUUCUGGAGGAACCAGUUGAUCGGAGUGUUUUGGCGGAGUGGAUUGCGCAGUGCGUCCAGCAUGGUCAAUUUGGAAAUCUUACUACGAUUCUGUACGCCUAUCUGCACACGGAUCCGCGCCCCUCCAACCCCUAUCGCCAGUGCUGGUGGACGGCGACCAGCGUCGCGGGUCUACAGGUGACCCAACUGACCCCGCUGGCCGCGGCGGCUCUGCGUUGUGCCAUGGAGGAAGAGCAAUGGUAGCCGUGUUCGCGUCGGGGUUAUGCUGAUUUCGCGCUGUUAUCGGGCCUUGCAGCUAACGGCGAAGGAUACCUUCACGGGCUAGGUGUAACUGGAAUAGGCCGAUGGUACAGAUUUAAUUUUUUAUUGAUCGUCAUGAGACAUGAAAACUUUUUUUAGCUUUGUCAGCUCUAAUUCAAUUGUUUUAUAAGCGUCCCUGUUUCUAAGUCUCUAACAUUGAGAAGUUAUAGCUGGGGCUUACCCGUAUAGUUUUGUUUUAGUUAUUCAGCACACAAAUGUGUAACUACUACUGAUUCUCCACUUAGGUUCGCAUC